AGGAACAAAAAAAAAAAAGCGAGUGUCUUUUGAUCUCAGAAAACCCUAAUUUGUUAACAACCCUAAUCCCAAUUUCACCGUACCCCCUUCCUCCAAAUUCCAUAUUCUGUAUGUAAAUGCAUCUGAAGAAUUCAACUGUAGCAGAACGGCGGUGUAUCGGAAAAGAAGCCGCCGGUUAUUUACCUUCCUCCGAUUUGGAUCCGAAACCUAAGAGUAAGCACCAUCGUCCUCUUCAAGUACCCGAAAUUCUGACCACAGACAAAUCUACAUACCCAACCGCCAUUGGCGCAGGCGCUGGAUUCACUGUGUUCAAUCAAGUGCAAGCUCAGAGGCAUCUGACCGUUGAAAUCCCAGAUUCAUCGUCUCAAAGCCUUACAUCAACUCCGAAAAAGAGGCCUGUGGUGGCUCAAUCUUCUCAUCCGUUUAAUUUUGUACCCAACGUUGACGAUUUCCGCCGAGGAGGAGGAGGAGGAGGAGGAGGAGGAGGAGGAGGAAGCCACCGGGCAAGCUUGGGAAGCUCGAUCUCAUCUUAUUUUCCGUCUUACCUUUUGUCGUUUGUAUCUUCGUCUCUUCCAUCGAUCCCAUCAGCGACUAAUCAGAAGCUCCUCCGCCAUGUCCUUCGAGUCCGAUUGAUAUGUUUCCAUCUUCGUUUCCUUCUUCUUCUCUCCGUUCCUCCUCUUUACAUCUUCUUCCUGUUGAUCAGUUUCCGAGUCUUCCUUCUCUUCGUCUUCUCGAUUAUCGCGUUUUCCUUCAUCCUUUCGAUCUCUCUCAAAUUCGCUCUUCCUCACCUACCAUCAAUUCGCCUGAUUAUCGCUCGCUUGCUGUCCCUCAAGCUUACCCCUACCAGAUCAUCGUCUCCCUCUCAAGAGAGCACGAAACAUGUUGUUUGGUCAAUCGGCUCGAAGCCCGUCACAGAGAAGAAGACCAAUUCCGGCUCUUGGGUUCAAAAGUACAGCUCCGGUGAUGUAUACGAGGGAGAGUUUCAUAGGGGAAAGUGUUCAGGAAGUGGAGUUUAUUACUACUCCAUGAAGGGUAAAUACGAAGGCGAUUGGAUUGAUGGGAAAUAUGAUGGCUAUGGAGUAGAAACAUGGGCUAAAGGAAGUAGGUAUCGAGGUCAAUACAGGCAAGGGAUGAGACAUGGAACUGGAAUCUACAGAUUUUAUACAGGGGAUGUGUAUGCUGGUGAGUGGUCCAAUGGACAGAGCCAUGGUUGUGGUGUUUAUACCUCUGAGGAUGGUAGUCGAUUUGUUGGAGAGUUUAAAUGGGGUGUCAAACAUGGUCUCGGUCACUACCAUUUCAGAAACGGUGAUACAUAUGCUGGAGAGUAUUUUGCAGACAGGAUGCAUGGUUUUGGAGUGUAUCAAUUUGGAAACGGGCAUCGGUAUGAAGGAGCCUGGCAUGAGGGAAGAAGACAAGGGCUUGGUAUGUACACAUUUAGGAAUGGUGAGACACAGGCAGGCCAUUGGGAAGACGGUGUUCUCAGCUGUCCUACCGAGCAGACCACACGUCCGGAUUCAUCAUUUACCAUCAGUCAUUCCAAGGUUCUCGACACUGUCCAGCAAGCAAGAAAAGCAGCCGAGAAGGCACGUGCAGUUGGGAAAGUGGAAGAGAGAGUGAACAGAGCAGUGAUGGUCGCAAACCGAGCAGCAAAUGCUGCUAGAGUUGCUGCUACAAAGGCUGUUCAAACCCAAACGUUUUACUGUAGUAGUGGAGGCGAUGAUCCAUUGUGAGUUCCUGUGGCAAAGCUUUUGACAUAGUCGCAGUCAUGAAUUCAAAAUUGCUUGAAGACACGAGAGAGAAAGAGAGACAUGUUGAGAAACACAGUCAAAAUCCGCAUCUCCGCUGAGAUUUUCUUGAAGGCGAACCGCUUGGAACCAAUGUCGAGAUCUCAUAAGUAAAUAAAUAAGAGUUCUGGCUAUGGAGCAAGCGAUAGAGUUUUACUUUUUUUCUUUUCUCCCACUUUUUUAUUUUAUUAUACUGGAUGGUUGCCCACAAGAUGCAUGGAUUAUAUUUCUAGUUAUUCUGUAUUUUAUUUUUUGGGUUAGUUUAUGGUUUUAGUAGGAUGAUGUGUUUAUCAACAAAAAAAAAUGAGUAGAAUGAUAUGUUAUUGUUUAACAUAUGAAAUGUAAAUGUGAUCUUAAAUAUUACACUAUCUCUUAAUUUACAUAUUGAAGCAUUA